AUGCGCACAUGGGCGCAGAUAUCGGCGCGCUUGGCCUGGUUACUCUUCUGCCUCGUCUCCCACGCCAGCCACGUGGCAAAUGACUUCACCCUCCUCCUAGGCUUUUUCCUCACCGGGCAGGUGCUCACGCUGCCCGGCGCCGGCGCGUCGACGUCGCAGCACCUUCACCUGCCCGUUUUCGGCGCGACGAACGUGCACAUCGGGCCGGCGAAGGGUAACACGUCGGCGAAGUUUAUUCGCCCGGGCGUGAAGGGCGGCAUCAGCAUCAGCCGCAUGUGCAAGAACUGCGCCUCGUUCGUCAUGUACGCGGGCUGGAACAUGCCCGGCGCGCUCGUGACGUGGCAGAUGCUGCUCGAUGUCAAGUUCCCCUACCAUUUGCUCAUCCUGCAGUUCGGCGCCUUCGUCACCACCACGGGCCUGACCCAUCUGUUGGAGCUGUUCUCAUACGGGCAUCUGCCGCGCUUCCUGCUGCUGGGCAUCACGGCGUGCAAGCUGCUGUCCGCGCUCAUCAGCUGCUGCACCGUGCUGCAGCUGGGGCUCGAGCUGAGCGACAUUGCCAUGGUGCACGAACGCACCGUGCAGCUCAAGAGCAAGACGGAGGAGAGCAACAAGGAGGUGACGCGGCUGAUGGAAGCACACGAGGUGGAGCAGCAGCUGCGGCUGAUAGGGCAGCGCAUCCGCAGCACGCUGGACCGCGGCGUCAUCAUCAGCACCGCGCUGCUCGAGCUGCGCGACCUGCUGGGCCUCGAAAACGCCGCGCUCUGGCUGCCCGCCCCUAACGGCCGGUCCCUGGAGCUGACGAAUGAGUGCGAGCACCGAGUGAAUCCCAUGCUCACCCUCGUGCCGCUCAAGGACAAGGUCGUCUCGCAGGUGAUAGCCAACCGCGCAGCCAUGAUCAUCCCAUCAUCCUGCCAGCUUGUCGAGUGCUCCGCACUGCCGCCCCCACUAGGCUCGGGCCGAACCAUUGAGGGAGGCGCUGCUGCCGUGCCGGUGACACUGGCAGACCCAGCCACGCCAGGAGCAAGGAGCCCUCAGGACGCGGCUGCAUUGGAGUAUGGCGUGCUCGUGCUGCUGCUGCCGGGGGAGGUCGCGGAGAAGGGCAAGGGGGGCGCAGGCGGAGGCGGAGGGGCGGGCGGAGGGGGAGGGGGAGGCGGAGGGGGAGAGGGCGGGUUGAAGAAGUUCCGCCAGGAGGUGCUGGAGAAGGUGGAUACGGUUGCUGAGCAGGUGAGCGGGGAGGGGAGAUCAGGAAAGGGGAGAGUUUCUUACUUGACUAAGGUAUUUUCAGCAGGGAGGUGCUGGAGAAGGUGGAUAUGGUGGCGGUACAGUAUCCCUCUCUCCUUCUCUCCUCCCCGGCCACAGCUGGCAGUGGCGCUGCGGCAUGCGGGGGUGCUGGAGGCGAGCCGGCAGGCACACGAGGUGUUGCUGGAGGAGGGCGAGCAGCUCAAGCAGGCCAACCUGGAGGGAAAAUCCGCUGUCAAGGCGCGAGACAACUUCCUGCAGGUGCGUACUGGACAGGUGCCAUCUGCGGCAGGUGCCAUCUGCGGCAGGUGUCGUCUGAGACAGGUGAUGAACGCCAAGAUGCGGACGCCAAUGCACUCCAUCACGGCGCUCUCAUCCCUCCUCGCCGAGUCGGACCUGAACGACGAGCAGCGCUCCAUGGCCGAAACCGUCGCCUUCUCCUCCACCCUCCUCGCCUCCCUCCUGUACGACAUUCUCGAGUUCUGGCGACUGGAGGAGGACAACAUGAAGCUCGUGCUGGGCCCCGAGCAGUUUGAGCUGCCGGCUCUGGUGACCGAGGCGGAGACGUUAUCAUCCCCCAUUGCAAAGGACAAGGGCAUCAUGCUGACGUUCAAGGCGGAUCCGAACCUGCCGGAGAGUGUGAUCGGGGAUGGCAACCGCCUGCUGCAGGUGCUGCUGAAUGUGAUAAACAACGCCAUCAAGUACACAAACACGGGCACCAUUACAGUCACCGUCGCCCCCGAGCGCAUGGAGUGGGCGCGCGACGGAUUCGUGCUCAAGGCGGAGGCGGGGCACACGUUCAUCCGCUUCGAAGUCAAGGACUCGGGCGUGGACCUCCAGGCCGCCGACAUCCCCAAGCUGUUCGACAAGUUCCAGGAGGACGAGACCAAGGGGAGCAGGACUGGAUUGGGUCUUGCCCUUUCCCGGAAGUUUGUGCAGCUGAUGAACGGGCACAUCUGGAUGGAGAGCAACGGGCGCGGCAAGGGCGCGACGUGCAAGUUCCUGGCCAUGCUCAAGCUGGACGCCGAGGGCAGCGACCGCAGCGACGAGGACGAGGACGAGGGGCCCGACGUCAACUUCUUUGCUCUGCGGAUCAUGGUGGUGGAUGACAACAUGGUGAACCGACUAGUGACGAAGCGUCUGCUGGACCGCAUCGGCAUCUCAACGCGCGUGGUGGAGUCGGGCAAGGAGUGUCUGCGCAUCCUGGCGGAGGAGCAGGACGAGGAGAAGUACGACGUGUUGCUGCUCGACCUCAUGAUGCCCGAGAUGGACGGAUACACGGUGGCCAACAAGAUUCGUACGGAGCUAAAGGCAGAGCUGCGGCCAAUGAUAGUGGCGCUGACGGCCAACGCGGACGAGACGACCAAGGACCAGUGCCUGCGCCACGGCAUGGCCGGCAUGAUCACCAAACCCAUCUCGCUCAAUGCGCUUCGUGACUUCUCCACGAUGGCGCGUUUGGCUUUCCUCGUCGCAUCCCUGUCAGUGCUUCUGGUGGUGGCUUCUGCUCAGAAGCCAACCCUUCAGACUGGACCCAGCAACCCGACGGUCAACCUCGAUCAAGCCAAGGGCGCGAAUGGCGUCGUGACGAACGUCCCUACUAGCAUCGAGAAGGCAGCGGAUGACGGCAAGCUGGCUUCAUUGAAGGGCCAGACCGUCGUGAGCACGACCACUGACAGUAUUCUGCUGGUGGCCGUGAAGAAUUCCGCGUGGAACGCCAUGAAGUGCAAGAACGGCAUGAAGGGUAUGGACGCGAUUGGCAAGGGUGCGUGCACUCCUCAGAACUGCUCGUUCGGUGGCAUCGCCGCCAAGUGGAAGACGUCGAACCUGCUCAAGAACAAGCUGGGAGUGGAGGUGUACGUGAAGGGCAACCCCCUGACGGUGAAGAAGGCGUCCCCGCAGACGUGCUGCAACUCGUGCGCGGGCUACCCCGGCUGCACGUACUGGCAGUACAUCCCCGAUAUCACCAUCGACGGCAAGAAGUCGGACGGCGCGUGUUACCUGGUGCACGACAACAUCGACUUCACCUGCGGUGAGAUGACGGCGCAGUAUGCCACGGACUCGAAGCCCAUUCAGCUGCAGGUGCGCACGGGUGGCGAGUGCAACCCAUUGGCGAAGGUCGCUAACGACCCGCAUCUGGUGGGCGCGUACGGGACGCACUUCGACUUCAACGGGCGCCCAGACAAGGCUUUCUGCCUCCUGGCUGACAAGGACCUGCACAUCAACAUGCUGCUGCGCGGUUACUACUCUGACGACACUGAGAAUGCGGCGCUCGUCGUCGACGGCAAGGCCGUGCACACGUGGAUCAAGGAGCUCGGCAUCAUCUGGUUCGCCAACGGCGCCGACCACAAGGUGCGGCUCGCGGCGCGCGGCGGCAAGCAGCAGGAGCGCGGCGACGGAUUCAUGAAGACCAUCGAGAUCGACGGCAAGGUGAUGCCGAGGAUGAACGUCGGCGACGAGGUGACGACUGAGGGCGGUCUGACUCUGCGAUUCGCGGCGCUGGAGAAGGAGGGUCCGUAUGACGUGGACUACUACACGCUCGCGAUCGACGGGCUCGUGGCGCUCGACCUGCGCCUGCGCGUCGCCAACCCCAAGCUGCAGACCCCCAACGACGCCGAGGCGCACAUCAACGUGGGGAUUGUCGAGCUGGAGCACACCGACGACGUGCACGGCGUGCUCGGCCAGACGUACCGCCCCGACCACGCGGAGCGCGCCGCCAACUUCCAGAAGCUGAUCGCCAACCUGCACCGUCCGAUCUCGGCGGAGAGCGAGGAGGGCGCUGGGUUCCUUGACGGCACUCCCCGCAUGUACGAGUCGAGCUCCGUGCUGUCCGUGGACUGCGCGUACACCGAGUACCACCGCGCCAAGCAGCUGAGCCCCCUGCAGUAA